GGGAGACCAGGGGUCCUGCCCGGCCCCUGCCCACGAAAGUGCCCUGUGUCUGUGCCAGUCGUUUUCGCUUCUGUUCGCCGCAGUUUCCUUGUCUGUGAAUUAGGGUGGGUGACAUUAACCAUCCUUACCAUUAGGGGCUAGUUGUGGGAGCGAUAAGUAAUUGCUACCAUUUAUUUACUGAACCAUUGCAAUGUGCCAGACACUGUGCUAAGUAUUUUGCUUCGAUGAUUUCCCGUCACCGUCAAAACAACCUUAUGAGUGUCGACCCAGUCAGCAGCCAGGCCAUGGAGUUCUCUGAUGUCACCCUCAUUGAGGGUGUGGGUAAUGAGGUGACUGUGCUGGCAGGUGUGGUGGUGCUGAUUCUAGCCUUGGUCCUAGCUUGGCUCUCUACCUACGUAGCAGACAGCGGUAGCAACCAGCUCCUGGGCACCAUUGUGUCAGCUGGAGACACAUCCGUCCUCCACCUGGGGCAUGUGGACCAUCUAGUGGCAGGCCAAGGCACCCCAGAGCCAACCGAACUCCCCCAUCCAUCCGAGGGUAAUGAUGAGAAGGCUGAAGAGGCUGGUGAAGGUGGGGGAGACUCCACAGGGGAGCCUGGAGCUGGGGGUGGUAUUGAGCCGAGCCUUGAGCAUCUGCUUGACAUCCAAGGCCUUCCCAAAAGACAAGCAGGCCCAGAAAGCAGCAGUCCAGAGGCCCUUCUGAGAUCUGAGGAUAGCAGCUGCCUCCCUCCCAGCCCUGGCCUCAUCAGUGUGCGGCUCAAAUUCCUCAAUGACACCGAGGAGCUGGCUGUGGCCAGGCCGGAGGAUACUGUGGGUGCCCUGAAGAGUAAGUACUUCCCUGGACAAGAAAGCCAGAUGAAACUGAUCUACCAGGGCCGUCUACUGCAGGACCCGGCCCGCACACUGCGUUCCCUGAACAUUACCGACAACUGUGUGAUUCACUGCCACCGCUCACCCCCAGGGUCGGCUGUUCCAGGCCCUUCAGCCUCCCUGGCCCCCUCUUCAGCCACUGAACCCCCCAGCCUCGGCGUCAGUGUGGGCAGCCUCAUGGUGCCUGUGUUUGUGGUGCUGUUGGGUGUGGUCUGGUACUUCCGUAUCAAUUACCGCCAGUUCUUCACAGCACCUGCCACGGUCUCCCUGGUGGGGGUCACUAUCUUCUUCAGCUUCCUAGUAUUUGGGAUGUAUGGACGAUAAGGACAUAGGGAGAAAAUGAAAGGCAUGGUCUUC